AUGGGCCUUGACUUCGGUGAACGAAACGACUACCUCAAAGGCGUCGUCACCGAUGUUAUCCACGACCCAGGCCGCGGUGCGCCCUUAGCUCGCGCCGUGUUCCGUCACCCAUUCCGUUACAAGAAGCAGAAGGAACUGUUCGUCGCCGCUGAGGGUAUGUACACCGGACAGUUCGUGUACUGUGGUAAGAAGGCCAACCUUAUGGUCGAAAACGUGUUGCCUCUUAGAUCUAUCCCCGAAGGGGCUAUCGUUUGCAACGUCGAACACCACGUUGGUGAUCGUGAGGUUUUCGUUAGGGCUUCUGGUGAUUAUGCCAUUGUUAUUAGUCGCAACCCUGAUAACGACACUACCAGUUUCAUAUUUAAUGGUUGUGAUUUGCUGUAUCAGUGUCCAGAGCAGAAUUUAAAAGCAAUAGAGGUGAAGAUGUCAACUCCUGCAAGGAAGAGAUUGAUGAGGGAUUUUAAGAGGUUGCAGCAAGAUCCUCCUGCAGGAAUUAGUGGUGCACCUCAAGAUAACAACAUUAUGCUUUGGAAUGCUGUUAUAUUUGGGUAUAUUAUGAAAUAA